AUGUUGCCAGAUAUCGUUCCCCGAGCGCGAAUUUUGGCAUAUAACUAUGAGUCGAGAUGGCAUAAAAACGCCUCGAAAACUCGAAUUCAGGUCUGCGGCGAAGAGCUGGUCAAUGAAAUCCACGAUUUUCGCAAGCUCACAGGGACAAGUGAUCGGCCGCUUAUUUUGAUCGGGCACAGCCUUGGGGGAAAUGUGAUUCAACACGGUCUUUUGUACUCCGAUACCGAGCCAAAAUUCAAGUACCUGCCUGAGGUCACGGUCGGUCUGAUCUUCUUAGGUUGUCCGUUUAAGGGUUCCAGAAUCCAAAAGAUGGCUGCUGUAGCUACACAACUCUUGCAGACCGCUGGGUCUGACGGUGGCAUUAUCAGAGACUUGCAUUAUGGGGAUCCUAUUCUGUUAGACAAGCUGAGUGCUUUCCAGCGCCUUCUAGAACGGAACACAGUCCCAUUCUGCGCUUUCAUCGAGCGCAAAGAGACAGAUUAUGGAAGAAAGAUAGGAUUGGUGGGAAUUUGGAAGGAAUUAGUCGUAGACGAAGAGUCUGCCGGGGCCUUGGGACCUCACAAGUUCCAUUUGAACACCGAUCACUUCAAAAUUAACAAGUUUUCCGGUCCCCAAGAUCGAUCCUUCACAAGAGUUUCAUCAGAGAUCAACGGAAUGUUUACAAAUUGGAGAUUGUUGAUUGAAAGUCGGAAUGCCGGUACCAACCGCCCUGGUGCCCAGAAAAGGAUCUUGGAGAAUAAGGCACGUCACGAGAAGAUUGUGACCUAUUUGGCCAAGUUCGAUUUCUCUGCCCGAUACAAAGAUGUGUUUUUGACUAGAUACAAGGGGACAGGUCAGUGGUUUCUGGAGGCAGAAGCUUUUCAACGGUGGCUCAACACAGAAGGUCAAACUCUUUGGUGCCCUGGGAUUCCAGGUGCAGGGAAAACAAUUUUGUUGGCUGUUGCGAUUAAUUAUCUCCAGCAAAGAGUGUCGAAACAAGACGAGGCGGUCCUUUUUGCUUUUUGCGAUUACAAGGACCGAGCGAACCAGAACGCAGAGAAUGUUCUCCUAUCCCUCUGGCGCCAGUUGAUGCAAAAGCGCAUAUUGAGUGAGGUCGAGUGUGAGAGCCUUGAGGCGACUUAUAUCAAGAGAGGCGUCGCUCCAACAACUGACGUUUUGGUAAAGAUGAUUUCUGACGAGGCGAGCAAAUAUCCAAGGGUUUUCAUUUUGUUGGAUGCACUUGAUGAGCUCGACACCGAAAGCCGAGACACAUUGUUGUAUCUUCUCUCAAAGCUAUCUAUCAAACGCAACUUGCUGGUGACAUCUCGCGUACCGAAAGAGAAGACCUCUCAGUUCCGUGAUGUCCCUCAGUUGGAAAUACGCGCGAAAGAUACGGACAUCACGGAUUACAUUAACGGUCGCCUGGAAUCUGUCGCCAAUCUCCGUACCAGGGUCGAGCGCAAUCACAGACUCAGGGAAGAGAUCAGAAGCACAGUCACUAAAAAGGCGGAUGGAAUGUUCUUGCUUGUCCGUCUCCAUAUGAAUUCCCUAGCAUCCAAAUAUACUGUCAAGGAUAUACGAACUGAUCUGAAAAAUCUCCCCGAGGGAGAGAAUGCUAUCUCGGAUACCUAUGAAGGGGCAUUUUCUCGGAUUCGUGAUCAAGUACGAAACGACCGAGAACUUGGAGAAAAGGUCAUUUUGUGGAUUUCUCAUGUGCAAAGGCCCUUGACGCUGAAGGACUUACAAUGUAUCUUGACCGUGCGAGAAGGAGAUACCGAGCUUGACCUUGACGACCUUAUUCCUGAGGAAUUCUUAGUCUCCACAUGUGCUGGCCUCGUUACAGUCGAGGAUCUAUCGGGGGAAAUCCGAUUCGUGCACUCCACCGCGCAAGAAUACUUUGACUCAAUCAAAUCAACAAAGUUCCCUGGUGCCGAUAUGCAAAUUACAAAGUCUUGCAUCCAUUAUCUCUCAUUAUCAGUCUUCUGCACAGACACCAGGGGGCUGGAUACUACGGCAUUCUCUCACAUGGUCUCAAAAUAUCCAUUCCUCGACUAUGCGGCACUUCAUUGGGGACUACAUGCACGAGCCAUCGACGAUCCUACAUCUCAGCUGACUAUCGAGAAAUUGAUCAAACAGUUUUUCAAUCGCAAGCUUGAGUCCAUAUUUGCAGUGCGUACCUUGUUAAGUGGAGUGGCAGGAAUCAAUGGCGCCGAAAUGGGAGAAAGCUUGGCAAAGAAUGAUCGAUCCAUCAAACUCAUCAAUGUUCUAGCCUAUUUUGGCUUUGAUACACUUAUAGUUGAGCUCAUAGCCAACAGGGAAGAAGUGCUGAUGGAGUCUUACGACGACUUCGUCGGGAACGUCCUACACUGGGCAGCCCUUGGCCAACAUGAUACCACUCUACAGCUUCUCCUUGGCCAGGCCUCCAGUCCAAAAAUCAUAAAUCAGAAGGGCUACAGUCUAUUCACUCCACUCCACUUGGCCUUGGUCCAUAGACGUGAUUUAUCGGCUGAGCUCUUGCUGGAGCAUGGGCCCGAUGUUACAGCGACCGCCCACUACGGACAUACACCUUUAUUGGUCGCAGCCCUGAACGGUAAUAGCAACAUCGUUCCAAAGCUGCUCUCAGCAAAAGAUGGCAUGGAAACUUUGUUAGCCACGGGACAUGGUGCUACCACCCCUUUCCGUGCUGCCGCCAUGUGGGGACACACAGAUGUCAUGAUACAUCUGUUAAGAGGCCUGGAAAACUUCGAGCUCCAUGGAGAUCUGCGCAGUCUGGAUGACGAUUUUUCCAGAAAUCCCCUUCAUAAGGCCGCCGAAAAGGGCUAUUUUGAUACCUGUGAAGUCCUGCUUCAAUCAAAACACGGUGCCCAAUUCGCCACCAGCUCGGAUGACUGGGGGCUCAUCCCAAUGGAAUUGGCGAUUGUGCAUGGCCAUGCGAAGGUGACCGAGCUAUUUUUGAACUGGGAUGGGGGAGCUUUACUUUCAAGCGAGCCAGGGUGUGUUGCUGGGGCAUUGGCUCUGGCCGCUCGCUCUGGGCAGCCAAUGGUUGUAGACAUGUUGCUAGCUCGUCAUCCUGAGGCUUGUAAUUCUGACUUCCGUGAAUACACCGCUCUUCACCAUGCAGCGUACAGUGGCUCGGUUGAAACCGUCAAAGUCAUUUUGGAUCAUUCCUCAGAAGAGUCAGCAUUGGAGGCCACGGAUAUCUCAGGAUAUACACCCCUUAUUGGAGCAGCUGACAGAGGACAAGCGGAGAUUGUGGAAUAUCUUAUUGAACGGGGAGCAAUGAUCAACGCCACGAACCGCUUCUAUGAAACAUCUCUCCACCGUGCCGUCAUAUCAGAUGUUGAAGAAGUGAUUCAAAUCCUUCUUCGGUCUGGCAUCGACAUUGAUGCUAAAGAUUCCAAAGGGCAAACGGCACUUGAUGUUGCAGUAGAGUACAACUCCCCGGGCCCAAUACGACUACUUUUAGAUGCGGGCGCUCAAAUUCCCGACGGUCUUGUGAUUCCAGAUACUCUUGAACCUACCACAAAAUAUUUCCCCGAGAAGCCAGCCGACCAGUUUGGCGCUUACUUCUACCUCAAGAAAGCAUCCGGUCAUAAGUUACCCCAGCCUCUGAUCUCUCACAUACUAGAUCUCGCAGAGUACUGGCUUGUGAGAACAACCGAGCAUUGCGAGCACAGGUACGCCUCAAGACUUGAUGGUGACACAAUGGUGUAUCUGCGAACGCCUCCCAUAGUAGGACACCCCCAACAUCCCGUGCGACGAAUCGAAUAUGAAAUCAUCAGCCAUGACCAAGGAUUCAGUGGCGACUCGCAUCUGCAUGGCACCUACGACGGUUCGUACACCUGGUUUGACGCCAGUCGCGAGUGCAGCCCGGGGCCGUUCCAGGAUAAAGCGAGUCGAAUUCUUGGACCGGAGAUUCUACGGAAUGUGCAUGCGUUGUAUGAAUGGUCCACGCAUCGGGUAUCCUGGUGCACUAUCACCGGUGUGAGAUCUUUCCGUGUGUAUACAGGUUCCAACAAUGACGAGGUUGAAGAGCCUGUCUCGACGGUUCGUCAUGAUCACAGAUACCCGAGGCCUGAGCCCACCAAGUGGAUUACUGAAAUCAACCGUGGGGAGAGACUUGUCGUGGCUGCUAUGGCUCAGUUUCCUGGUUGGGGGAAUGAUGUUCUGAGAGGUAAAGUGGUGGUCUAUACAAGCUGUUUGAAGUCUAGUUGUUCGCCUUGA